GCCGGGCUGGCCGCGGGAGGGAGGUGGGGCAGGGGCGGCUGUGCGGAGAGAGGGCGGCGGCGCUGCCGAAGACAAACUCCUGUGGUGGGAAGGGGGAAACGAGCGGCCAGGUCCUCCCCGCCCCCUCUCCCCGUCCCGGAGACACACGGUCCUGCCCAGAGCUCGGCGUGCCCGCUGGCGGGAGGGAGCGGCGGUCGGCGCUGCGCUCGGGGCAGAGGGCGAGCGAGCGGGCAGCCGGAGCUCCGAGCCGCCGCUUGAGGGGAGGAGAGGGGUGCUCCCGCACCCCCGGCCCCGACCCGGGUGGAUGAGCAGCUUCCAGGGCGGCGGCGGUGGCUUUUGCGGCCUCUUCAUGGCUGGGCCCCGGCGGUGAGGGCAGCGGGAGCCGCCUGUGUCCGCGUCGCGCCGGGAGGCAACGCAGCCACCAGGGGGCGGGCGGGGAGGGGGAUGAACGCCGCAGCCGCCGCCGCCUCUGCGGGAGCCGCCUGCACCGGGGCCGAGGGCGGCUUCUUUUUUUCCAGCGGCUCUGGUCUGGCGGGGCCCAUGGGGCCCGAAGAGGGCUCGGCCGGCGGGCUGGGAGCCCUGCCCGGCGCCCUGGCGCCACCGUCGCUGGGCUGCCGGAGCCGCUACCAGCUGCUGCUCUCCGGGAAGGCCCUGGCCGACAGAUACCGGAAGAUUUACACGGCGGCGCUGAGCGACCGGGAGCUGGGGAGCCACCCGGGCAGAAGUAAGAAACUUUUUAGCAAGAAAAAAUUGAAAAGGAAACAGAAGACUAAAUUGAAAGUAAAAACACGCAGCAAGACUGAAAACCUAGAGAGUACAAUAACCAUACCAGAUAUCAGAUUACAUAGCAACCCUUCAGCUUUUAAUGUUUACUGCAAUGUCCGCCAUUGUGUGUUGGAGUGGCAAAAAAAGGAAGCAUCUGUAUCUUUGGCUUCAAAGAACAGUGUACAGAGUGGGGAUUCGGACAGUGAUGAAGAGGAGGAAUCCAAAGAGCCGCCUAUUAAACUUCCAAAGAUCAUUGAAGUUGGAUUAUGUGAAGUCUUUGAACUGAUAAAGGAGACGAGAUUUUCUCAUCCAUCCUUGUGUCUCAGGAGCCUACAGGCCCUACUUAAUGUGCUCCAGGGCCAGCAACCAGAAGGCCUGCAAUCAGAGCCUCCUGAAGUCCUAGAAUCCCUGUUCCAGCUGCUUCUGGAGAUAACUGUCCGUAGCACGGGAAUGAAUGACAGCACAGGACAAUCCCUGACAGCACUUUCCUGUGCUUGCCUCUUCAGUUUGGUAGCUGCAUGGGGAGAGACAGGAAGAACGUUGCAAGCAAUCUCUGCUAUCCUCACCAAUAAUGGCAGCCAUGCUUGUCAGACUAUUCAGGUGCCAACCAUUUUAAACUCUCUUCAACGGAGUGUACAGGCAGUUCUGGUGGGAAAAAUCCAAAUCCAGGACUGGUUCAGUAAUGGGAUAAAGAAGGCAGCCUUGAUGCACAAAUGGCCAUUGAAAGAAAUAUCUGUAGACGAAGAUGACCAGUGCCUACUUCAGAGUGAUGGUUUUUUCCUCUAUCUCUUAUGUAAAGAUGGACUUUACAAAAUCGGCUCUGGAUAUAGCGGGACAGUGAGGGGCCAUAUAUACAAUUCUACAUCCCGCAUCAAAAACAGAAAGGAAAAAAAGUCUUGGUUAGGCUAUGCUCAGGGUUAUUUAUUAUAUAGAGAUGCGAAUAAUCACAGUAUGACAGCCGUAAGAAUAAACCCUGAAACUUUGGAACAAGACGGUACAGUUGCUUUGCCAGAUUGUCAUACUGAAGGGCAGAAUAUCCUUUUCACUGAUGGGGAAUAUAUUAAUCAAAUAGCAGCAUCUAGAGAUGAUGGCUUUGUAGUGCGAAUAUUUGCAACAAGUACUGAGCCAGUGCUGCAACAAGAACUGCAGCUUAAGCUUGCGAGAAAAUGCUUACAUGCCUGUGGCAUCUCAUUGUUUGAUCUGGAGAAAGACUUGCACAUUAUCAGUACAGGGUUUGAUGAGGAAUCAGCUGUCCUUGGUGCUGGAAGAGAGUUUGCACUAAUGAAAACUGCUAGUGGAAAGAUUUAUUAUACUGGCAAAUAUCAGAGCCUUGGAAUCAAACAAGGUGGUCCUUCAGCAGGAAAAUGGGUUGAACUCCCAAUCACAAAAUCUCCAAAGAUUAUUCAGUUCUCUGUUGGACAUGAUGGCUCACACGCCUUACUUGUCGCUGAGGAUGGAAGUAUAUUCUUCACAGGUUCUGCUAGUAAAGGAGAAGAUGGCGAAUCAACUAAAAGCAGACGGCAGUCAAAACCAUAUAAGCCUAAAAAAAUUAUUAAAAUGGAAGGAAAGAUUGUCAUAUCUACAGCGUGCAAUAAUGGAAGCAGUUCUGUAAUUUCAAAAGAUGGAGAACUCUACAUGUUUGGAAAAGAUGCCAUUUACUCUGACAGUACAAGUUUAGUAACAGAUUUGAAAGGCCAUUUUGUGACUCAAGUAGCCAUGGGCAAAGCUCACACCUGUGUGUUAAUGAAGAAUGGAGAAGUUUGGACAUUUGGCGUAAAUAAUAAAGGACAGUGUGGACGAGACACAGGCUCCAUGAGCCAGGGAGGAAAAGGUUUUGGAGUUGAGAACAUGGCAACAGCAAUGGAUGAAGAUUUAGAAGAGGAACUGGAUGAAAAAGAUGAGAAGUCCAUGAUGUGUCCUCCAGGCAUGCAUAAAUGGAAGCUGGAGCAGUGUAUGGUGUGCACUGUAUGUGGAGAUUGCACAGGCUAUGGAGCUAGCUGUGUUAGUAGUGGGCGUCCUGACAGAGUACCUGGAGGAAUCUGUGGCUGUGGCUCAGGUGAGUCAGGCUGUGCUGUAUGUGGCUGCUGCAAGGCGUGUGCUAGAGAACUGGAUGGCCAGGAAGCAAGGCAAAGAGGAAUCCUUGAUGCUGUAAAAGAGAUGAUACCUUUAGAUCUCUUGCUGGCUGUCCCUGUUCCUGGUGUUAAUAUUGAAGAACACCUUCAGUUACGGCAAGAAGAAAAGCGGCAACGUGUAAAUAGGAGACACAGAUUGGAAGAAGGAAGAGGCCCCCUUGUAUUUCCUGGUCCUAUUUUUAUGAACCAUCGAGAACAGGCUCUAGCCAGAAUCAGACCCCAUCCAGCACAGCUAAAGCAUAAACGGGACAAGCAUAAAGACGGAAGUGGAGACAGAGGUGAGAAGGAUGCCAGCAAAAUCACAACCUAUCCACCAGGGGCUGUCCGCUUUGACUGUGAACUGCGAGCUGUGCAAGUCAGUUGUGGAUUUCACCAUUCAGUGGUUUUGAUGGAGAAUGGUGAUGUUUACACAUUUGGGUAUGGGCAGCAUGGGCAACUUGGACACGGUGAUGUUAAUUCCAGGGGAUGUCCCACUUUGGUGCAAGCAUUACCAGGUCCUAGUACACAAGUUACUGCUGGGAGCAACCAUACAGCUAUUCUCUUAAUGGAUGGCCAGGUUUUCACAUUUGGAAGUUUCUCAAAAGGUCAGCUUGGUAGACCAAUUCUGGAUAUGCCCUACUGGAAUGCAAAACCAGCACCUAUGCCUAAUAUAGGCUCAAAAUAUGGACGCAAAGCAACGUGGAUUGGAGCGAGUGGAGACCAGACUUUUCUCCGGAUCGAUGAAGCUCUCAUUAAUUCUCAUGUGCUUGCUACAUCAGAGAUAUUUGCAAGCAGGCAUAUAAUAGGCCUGGUACCAGCUUCAAUAUCAGAACCUCCUCCUUUUAAAUGUCUUCUGAUAAACAAAGUAGAUGGCAGUUGCAAAACAUUCAAUGAUUCUGAGCAGGAAGACCUUCAAGGUUCUGGUGUGUGUCUGGAUCCUGUCUAUGAUGUUAUUUGGAGGUUUCGACCAAAUGCUAGGGAACUGUGGAGUUACAAUGCGGUAGUUGCCGAUUCCAGACUUCCCUCAGCUCCAGACAUGCAAUCCCGGUGUAGUAUUUUGAGUCCAGAACUUGCUCUACCAACAGGUUCCAAAGCUCUAACCACCAGAUCUCACGCAGCUUUGCACAUUCUAGGUUGUCUUGAUACUUUGGCUGCUAUGCAGGACUUAAAAAUGGGUGUAGCAAAUACAGAAGAGGAGACUCAAGCAGUAAUGAAAGUUUAUUCUAAAGAAGACUAUAGUGUUGUUAACAGAUUUGAAAGUCAUGGAGGAGGCUGGGGUUAUUCAGCCCACUCAGUAGAAGCUAUCCGUUUCUGUGCUGAUACUGAUAUUUUGUUAGGUGGUCUUGGUCUUUUUGGAGGUAGAGGUGAAUACACUGCUAAAAUAAAGUUGUUUGAAUUGGGUCCAGAUGGGGGAGACCAUGAGACUGAUGGAGACCUUCUUGCUGAAACAGACGUCUUAGCGUAUGAUUGUGCUGCUAGAGAGAAGUAUGCAAUGAUGUUUGAUGAACCAGUACUCCUACAAGCUGGCUGGUGGUAUGUAGCCUGGGCAAGAGUGUCAGGACCUAGCAGUGAUUGUGGAUCUCAUGGACAGGCCUCUAUUACUACAGAUGAUGGUGUUGUCUUUCAGUUCAAAAGUUCCAAGAAAUCAAAUAAUGGUACAGACGUUAACGCAGGGCAGAUCCCACAGUUACUAUACAGGCUGCCAACGAGUGAUGGCAGUGCAUCCAAAGGAAAACAGCAAACCAGUGAACCCGUGCACAUUUUAAAGAGAUCUUUUGCCAGAACUGUCUCAGUGGAAUGCUUUGAAUCUUUAUUGAGCAUUCUUCACUGGAGCUGGACAACACUGGUGCUGGGAGUUGAAGAACUCCGUGGACUUAAAGGAUUCCAAUACACUGCUACUCUUCUAGAUUUAGAAAGGUUGCGUUUUGUGGGCACUUGCUGCCUGAGGUUGCUGAGGGUCUACACCUGUGAAAUAUAUCCAAUAUCAGCUACGGCUAAGGCGGUUGUAGAAGAAACCAGCAAACUAGCAGAUUGCAUUGGAAAAACUAGGACCUUGCUGAGAAAAAUUUUGUCUGAGGGAGUUGAUCAUUGCAUGGUGAAGUUGGACAACGAUCCACAAGGAUAUCUCAGUCAGCCCCUCAGUCUUUUAGAAGCUGUUCUUCAGGAAUGCCAUAAUACAUUCACAGCUUGCUUUCAUUCAUUUUACCCAACACCAGCUCUCCAGUGGGCAUGUCUUUGUGACUUGCUGAAUUGUUUGGACCAGGACAUCCAGGAAGCAAACUUCAAAACCUCCAGUAGCCGGCUUCUUGCUGCUGUUAUGUCUGCUCUCUGCCAUACUUCAGUAAAACUGACCUCUAUCUUUCCAAUCGCUUAUGAUGGAGAGGCAUUGCUGCGGUCAAUGGUCAAACAAGUCAGCACUGAGAAUGACUCUGCUCUGGCCCAUCGUUUUCCUCUUUUGGUUGCACACAUGGAAAAACUUAGUCAGAGUGAAGAAAAUGUUUCAGGGAUGACAAGCUUUCGGGAAGUGCUGGAAAAGAUGUUGGUCAUUGUUGUUUUGCCAGUCCGGAACAGCCUUAGACGAGAAAAUGAACUUUUCUCUUCACAUCUGGUUUCUAAUACCUGUGGGUUGCUUGCUAGUAUUGUGAGUGAGCUUACAGCAUCAGCAUUAGGAUCUGAGGUUGAUGGGCUGAACUCUCUCCAUUCUGUCAAAUCCACUCCAAACCGAUUCACUAAAACAAGUCAGGGAAGAAGCUGGAAUACUGGGAAUGGAUCCCCCGAUGCAAUAUGUUUCUCUGUGGACAAACCUGGUGUAGUUGUAGUAGGAUUUUCUGUUUAUGGUGGAGGGGGCAUUCAUGAGUAUGAGUUGGAAGUACUAGUUGAUGAUAGUGAUCAUACUGGAGAUUCAACUCAUUCUCAUAGAUGGACAUCUUUAGAGUUGGUUAAAGGAACUUACACCACAGAUGAUUCUCCCAGUGACAUAGCUGAAAUAAGGCUUGACAAAGUUGUGCCACUGAAGGAAAAUGUGAAAUACGCAGUUCGUUUGAGGAAUUAUGGAAGCCGGACUGCCAAUGGAGAUGGAGGAAUGACCACAGUUCAGUGUCCGGAUGGUGUAACGUUUACAUUUAGUACAUGCAGUCUGAGCAGUAAUGGCACAAACCAAACGCGAGGACAAAUUCCACAGAUUCUUUAUUACAGGAGUGAGUAUGAUGGAGAUCUGCAAUCACAGCUUUUGAGCAAAGCUAAUGAAGAAGAUAAAAAUUGUAGCAGGGCUCUUUCUGUCGUGAGCGCUGUUGUACGAGCAGCCAAAGACCUGUUGCACAGGGCUCUUGCUGUAGAUGCUGAAGACAUUCCAGAACUACUCAGCUCUUCCAGUCUGUUUUCAAUGCUGCUUCCCCUCAUAAUAGCCUACAUAGGACCAGUGGCAGCAGCUAUUCCCAAGGUUGCUGUUGAGGUCUUUGGCCUGGUACAACAGUUACUUCCUUCUGUGGCAGUUCUGAAUCAAAAAUACGCCCCUCCAGCUUUUAACCCAAAUCAGUCUACAGACAGCACUACUGGAAACCAACCAGAGCAAGGGCUUUCAGCUUGUACUACCUCCAAUCACUAUGCUGUUGUAGAAAGUGAGCAUCCCUAUAAACCUGCCUGCGUUACUCACUAUAAGGUGACUUUUCCUGAAUGUGUCAGGUGGAUAACAAUAGAGUUUGACACUCAGUGUGGCACGGCUCAAUCAGAGGAUGUUCUUCGUUUACUAAUUCCUGUCAGAAUUGCACAGAGUCUGGGAUUUGGACCAAAGCAUGCUUCUGUUCAUGAAAACCUUAAUUCAUGGAUAGAACUGAAAAAAUUCUCUGGAUCUUCAGGAUGGCCUACCAUGGUAUUAGUAUUGCCAGGAAAUGAAGCUCUUUUUUCUCUGGAGACUGCUUCAGACUACGUGAAAGAUGAAAAGGCUUGUUUUUACGGUUUCAAAUGUUUUGCAAUUGGAUAUGAAUUUAGUCCAGGAUCUGAUGAGGGUAUUAUUCAGCUGGAGAAAGAAUUGGCCAACUUAGGAGGAUCAUGUGCAGCAGCUUUGAUGAAGAAAGAUCUAGCGCUUCCUAUUGCAGGUAAUGAAUUUGAAGAAGAUCUUGAGAUUCUUGAAGAGGCUGCUUUACAGGUGUGCAAAUCUCAUGCUGGCAUCCUCGGGAAAGGCUUGGCACUAUCUCACUCACCAACCAUUUUGGAAGCUCUUGAAGGAAAUCUUCCACUGCAGGUACAAAGCAAUGAGCAGUCAUUUCUGGAGGAUUUCAUUGCUUGUGUACCAGGAUCAAGUGGUGGACGACUUGCAAGGUGGCUUCAGCCAGAUUCAUAUGCUGAUCCUCAAAAAACAUCAUUGAUUUUGAAUAAGGAUGACAUUCGAUGUGGUUGGCCAACCGUUAUUACGGUACAAACAAAAGACCAGUAUGGGGACGUUGUUCAUGUUCCUAAUAUGAAGGUAGAAGUCAAAGCUAUUCCUGUUUCUCAGAAAAAAACAUCUUUGCAACAAGAACAAGUUAAAAAGGUGCAACGGAUACCAGGGAGUCCUGCAACGGCUGCUUCCCCUAGCAGUGAUAUGACCUUUGGAGGACUUCCUUCACCAAAGCUUGAUUCUUCUUAUGAGCCAAUGAUAGUAAAAGAAGCUCGAUAUAUUGCUAUUACAAUGAUGAAGGCAUAUGAAAAUUACUCUUUUGAAGAACUACGCUUUGCUUCACCAACACCAAAGAGACCCAGUGAAAACAUGUUGAUCAGAGUCAAUAAUGAUGGUACAUACUGUGCAAACUGGACUCCUGGAGCUGUUGGUCUCUAUACCAUCCAUGUUACUAUAGAUGGCAUUGAAAUAGAUGCUGGACUAGAAGUGAAAGUAAAAGAUCCUCCAAAGGGAAUGAUACCUCCUGGAACCCAACUUAUUAAACCAAAAGCAGAGCCUCAGCCAAACAAGGUUCGCAAAUUUGUGGCCAAGGACAGUGCAGGGCUUCGUAUCCGUAGCCACCCUUCCCUUCAGAGUGAGCAAAUAGGCAUAGUGAAAGUCAAUGGAUCCAUCACUUUUAUUGACGAGAUCCACAAUGAUGAUGGUGUUUGGCUGAGGCUGAAUGAUGAGACAAUAAAGAAGUAUGUUCCUAACAUGAAUGGUUACACUGAAGCCUGGUGUCUCUCUUUUAACCAACAUCUUGGCAAGAGCCUUCUGGUACCUGUUGACAAUGUCUUUAAUGCUAGCCAAGGAGUAAGGGAUUUGGACUUUUUUUCAUGGACUUCCAAAGCUUUACCCCCUAAGGAAUCUAGGUCUAAUACUGAUGAUUUUUUCAAAGACCUAAAUUCACACUGCCCACAGGAAGCAGUGAUGCAAGAACAAGAUAUGCCAUUCCUUCGAGGUGGACCUGGAGUGUACAAGGUAGUGAAGACUGGCCCAUCAGGUCACAACAUCAGAAGCUGCCCUAACCUUAGAGGUAUCCCAAUUGGAAUGUUAGUUCUGGGAAACAAAGUCAAGGCAGUGGGCGAGGUGACUAAUUCAGAAGGUACAUGGGUGCAAAUGGAUAAGAACAGCAUGGUAGAGUUCUGUGAAAGCGAUGAAGGCGAGGCAUGGUCGUUAGCUAGAGACAGAGGUGGAAACCAGUACCUCCGACACGAAGAUGAACAAGUCCUUCUAGAUCAAAAUGUUCAGACUCCUCCCCCAAGUCCUUUUUCAAUACAAGCUUUCAGUAAGGGGACAAGCUGUAGUAAUGGACAAGGGUUUGAUUAUGGCCUUGGAAAUAAUAAAGUUUUGACUGUUUUGCCCACUACAGGUGACCAACUGAGUGCCAUACUGAAUUCCAUUCAGUCACGGCCAAAUCUCCCAGCUCCUUCCAUCUUUGAUCAAGCUGCAAAACCUCCCUCUUCCCUAGUCCACAGUCCAUUUGUGUUCGGACAGCCCCUUUCCUUCCAGCAGCCUCAGCCACAGCUUCAGAAAACUCCAUCCUGCUGCCUUGCUUCUCGUGAGCGUAUUUACAAAACUAGUGAUGUAGCUGGGCCUGCCUCUGCUAUUUCAUCUCUCUCUCACAAACUGAAGGGUGACCGAAUGAAUUUCACAGGAGCUGCUAGAGCAAUUUCUCCAGCAGGAAAAUCAGACAUGUCAUCAAAACACAGAGCUGACUGCAGGUCACCCAAGCUUGAUGCGCGAAUGAAUAGAGCUGCUGCUGACCAGAAGAAACCCAGGAAUACAGAAGGUUUAUCUGCCAGUGAGUCUCUUAUGCUGAAAUCGGAUGCCGCAAAAUUGCGGUCAGACUCUCACAGCAGGUCUUUGUCUCCAAACCAUAACACUUUGCAAACACUAAAAACUGAUGGAAGAGCUACUACUACCAGUCUGAGAGCUGAAUCUCCAGGGCCAGGGACCCGGUCAUCUUCUCCAAAGACAAAGACACUUACAGCUGUUAGAUCCGGUGCUAGUUCUCCACGAUCCUCCUCACCCCAUGACAAAAAUCUACCUCAGAAAGCUUCAUCCCCUGUAAAAACAAAGCUUGAUCCUCCUCGAGAACGAUCCAAAUCAGAUUCUUACACAUUAGAUCCAGACACCCUUCGCAAAAAGAAAGUACCGCUAACAGAACCCUUAAGGGGAAGGUCCACUUCACCCAAACCAAAAAUUAUUGCAAAAGAUGGAAAACCUGUUACAGAAACUGAAAAUAGAGCUCCUUCCCCUCAUGUCGUACAAGAAAAUCUUCACAGUGAGGUUGUUGAAGUAUGUACUUCAAGUACUUUAAAGACUAACAGCAUUACAGAUAGCACCUGUGAAGACAACACAGAAUUCAGAAGUCUGGAUGAUGGUUCUAAUAAAGUUCAUUUCAGCAUAGGAAAAGCACCACUGAAAGAUGAGCAAGACAUGAGAGCAUCUCCAAAAGUGAGCCGUAAAUGUGCUGGUAGGCACACAAGACCCAAAAAGGAAAAAUCCAGCUUCCUUUUCAAAGGAGAUGGCUCCAAGCCUGUAGAGCCUGCCAAGCAAGCAAUGUCACCUUCUGUUGCAGAAUGUGCUAGAGCUGUAUUUGCUGCGUUUCUUUGGCAUGAAGGAAUAGUUCAUGAUGCUAUGGCUUGUUCAUCUUUUUUGAAGUUUAAUCCAGAACUGUCCAAAGAGCAUGCACCGAUACGAAACAGUCUUACUCAACAACCUGCAGAGGAAAAAGAAACCAAGUUGAAAAAUAGACAUUCAUUGGAAAUAUCAUCUGCUCUUAACAUGUUCAACAUCUCACCUCAUGGACCAGAUAUAUCUAAAAUGGGUAGCAUCAAUAAAAACAAAGUCCUCUCAAUGUUAAAAGAACCACCUCUGCAUGAGAAGUGUGAGGAUGGAAAAACUGAAACUACCUCCUUUGAUACAUCCAGUCAUCACACAAUGAAAUCCAAGUCUCCUCUUCCAUUAACAUUGCAGCACUUGGUAGCUUUCUGGGAAGAUAUUUCUUUAGCAACUAUUAAAGCAGCUUCCCAAAACAUGAUUUUUCCAAGUCCUGGUUCUUGUGCAGUGUUAAAGAAGAAGGACAGUGACAAAGAUAACAAGAAAACAAAAAAAGAGAAAAAGAAAAAAGAAAAGGUUGAGACUAGGCCAAGGGGGAAUCUUUUUGGUGAGAUGGCCCAGCUUGCAGUGGGAGGACCUGAAAAAGACACCAUCUGUGAGUUGUGUGGAGAAUCCCAUCCAUAUCCUGUGACUUACCACAUGAGACAAGCUCAUCCAGGUUGUGGCCGUUACGCAGGUGGCCAAGGUUAUAAUAGCAUUGGGCACUUCUGUGGAGGAUGGGCUGGUAAUUGUGGUGAUGGUGGUAUUGGAGGAAGCACUUGGUAUUUGGUUUGCGAUCGAUGCAGAGAAAAAUAUCUCCGUGAAAAGCAAGCAGCAGCAAGAGAGAAGAUCACUGGAUACAGACGCCAAACACAAGGCAAACUGGAGGAAUUUUUAAUGGGAAUAAUACAAAAGAUUAAACAAUCUAGGAGAAAACCAAUGCAAGUUAAGACUCCGCGUGCCUUGCCAACUAUGGAAGCACAUCAAGUGAUUAAAGCCAACGCACUGUAUUUACUGUCGCUGAGUAGUGCUGCUGAGCCCAGUAUCCUCUGCUAUCACCCUGCAAAAGCAUUCCAGUCUCAACUUCCCAGUGUCAAAGAAGGAAUUUCUGAAGACUUUCCCAUUAAAAUGCCAUGUCUCUAUCUACAGACUUUAGCAAGGCAUCAUCAUGAAAAUUUUGUUGGGUACCAGGAUGACAACCUCUUCCAGGAUGAGAUGAGGUACCUGCGCUCAACUUCAGUACCUGCGCCGUACAUCUCAGUCACUCCUGAUGCAUGCCCUAAUGUCUUUGAAGAGCCAGAGAGUAACAUGAAAUCUAUGCCUCCAAGUUUGGAAACCAGUCCAAUAACAGAUACAGAUCUUGCGAAGCGUACAGUCUUUCAAAGAUCAUAUUCUGUUGUUGCAUCAGAAUAUGACAAGCAGCACUCAAUUUUGCCAGCACGUGUAAAAGCAAUCCCUAGGAGACGAGUCAACAGUGGAGAUGCAGAAGUGGGGUCCUCUCUCCUGAGACAUCCAUCUCCUGAACUUUCUCGGUUAAUCUCCGCCCACAGCUCUCUUUCCAAAGGAGAGAGAAAUUUCCAGUGGCCAGUAUUGGCAUUUGUAAUCCAGCAUCAUGAUCUGGAAGGACUCGAAAUAGCAAUGAAACAGGCCUUACGGAAAUCUGCUUGCCGAGUCUUUGCUAUGGAGGCUUUCAACUGGCUUCUUUGUAACGUCAUUCAAACAACUUCUCUUCAUGAUAUUUUAUGGCAUUUUGUGGCUUCCCUGACUCCUGCACCUGUAGAGCCUGAAGAAGAGGAGGAUGAAGAAAAUAAAUCAAAUAAAGAAAAUGCAGAACAAGAAAAAGACACAAGAGUAUGUGAACAUCCUCUGUCAGAUAUAGUGAUCGCUGGCGAAGCAGCUCACCCAUUACCCCACACUUUCCAUCGCCUUCUCCAGACAAUCUCUGAUCUUAUGAUGUCUCUUCCCAGUGGUAGUGCAUUACAGCAAAUGGCCUUAAGGUGCUGGAGCCUCAAAUUCAAACAAUCUGAUCACCAGUUCCUGCACCAGAGCAAUGUUUUUCAUCAUAUCAACAAUAUUUUGUCUAAAUCUGAUGAUGGAGAUAGUGAAGAGAGUUUUAGUAUCAGUAUUCAGUCUGGCUUUGAAGUCAUGAAUCAGGAACUAUGUAUAGUGGUUUGUCUAAAAGACCUAACCAGCAUUGUUGACAUUAAAACAUCGAGCCGACCUGCCAUGAUUGGUAGUUUAACAGAUGGGUCUACAGAAACAUUCUGGGAGUCAGGAGAUGAAGAUAAAAACAAAACUAAAAACAUCACAAUUAACUGUGUAAAAGGAAUCAAUGCACGCUAUGUGUGUGUUCAUGUAGACAAUUCCAGAGAUCUUGGGAACAAAGUGACUUCAAUGACCUUCCUAACUGGCAAGGCAGUAGAAGAUCUCUGCAGAAUAAAGCAGGUAGACUUGGAUUCAAGACACAUUGGCUGGGUAACAAGUGAACUUCCUGGGGGUGAUAAUCACAUCAUCAAAAUUGAACUGAAGGGUCCAGAGAACACACUAAGAGUUCGACAAGUGAAAAUUCUUGGAUGGAAAGAUGGUGAAAGCAUUAAAAUAGCAGGCCAGAUUUCUGCAAGUGUAGCUCAACAAAGAAACUGUGAAUCAGAAACGCUGCGAGUAUUCAGACUUAUUACAUCCCAGGUAUUUGGAAAACUCAUCUCUGGAGAUGCUGAGCCAACCCCAGAACAAGAAGAAAAAGCACUGUUGUCUUCCCCAGAAGGAGAAGAAAAAGUACACAAUGCAACAUCAGAUGCAGACCUGAAGGAGCACAUGGUAGGGAUCAUAUUCAGCCGGAGCAAACUGACAAAUUUGCAGAAGCAGGUAUGUGCUCAUAUAGUCCAGGCCAUACGAAUGGAAGCAACCCGUGUGCGCGAAGAAUGGGAACAUGCCAUCUCUAGCAAAGAGAACGCCAACUCGCAGCCGAACGAUGAAGAUGCUUCUUCCGACGCUUACUGCUUUGAGCUGCUGUCAAUGGUUCUGGCACUGAGCGGUUCCAACGUAGGCCGGCAGUAUCUGGCUCAGCAGCUGACUCUGCUCCAGGAUCUCUUCUCAUUACUACACACUGCUUCUCCCAGGGUGCAGAGGCAGGUAACAUCAUUACUAAGACGUGUUUUGCCUGAGGUAACUCCUAGUCGCCUGGCUAGUAUUAUAGGAGUAAAGUCUCUUCCACCAGCAGAUAUAAGUGAUAUCAUUCACUCAACUGAAAAAGGAGAUUGGAAUAAACUAGGUAUCUUGGACAUGUUUUUGGGAUGCAUUGCCAAAGCUCUCACUGUACAGCUAAAAGCCAAAGGAACUACUAUAACAGGAACAGCUGGCACUACUGCAGGCAAAGGAGUUACUACAGUCACACUUCCAAUGAUCUUCAACUCCAGCUAUAUUCGGCGAGGUGAAAGCCAUUGGUGGAUGAAGGGUUCAACACCUACACAGAUUUCAGAGAUCAUUAUUAAACUCAUUAAAGACAUGGCAGCAGGUCAUCUGUCGGAAGCUUGGUCCCGUGUGACAAAGAAUGCUAUUGCUGAAACCAUCAUAGCUCUGACCAAAAUGGAAGAAGAAUACAGAUCACCAGUGAGGUGCAUUGCAACAACCAGACUAUGGCUGGCCUUAGCAUCCCUCUGUGUACUUGAUCAGGAUCAUGUUGAUAGACUAUCCUCAGGAAGAUGGAUGGGAAAGGAUGGACAACAGAAACAGAUGCCAAUGUGUGAUAACCAUGACGAUGGCGAAACCGCCGCAAUCAUUUUAUGUAAUGUCUGUGGGAAUUUGUGUACAGAUUGUGACAGAUUCCUUCAUCUCCAUCGGCGAACAAAAACUCAUCAAAGACAGGUAUUCAAAGAAGAAGAAGAAGCUAUCAAAGUUGAUCUCCAUGAGGGUUGUGGUAGGACCAAACUUUUCUGGCUGAUGGCAUUAGCAGAUUCCAAAACUAUGAAGGCUAUGGUGGAGUUCAGAGAACAAACAGGCAAACCGACCACCAGCAGUUCUGAAGCGUGUCGUUUCUGUGGUUGUAGGAGUGGAACAGAGUUAUCAGCAGUGGGAAGCGUUUGUUCUGAUACAGAUUGCCAGGAGUAUGCUAAAAUUGCCUGCAGCAAGACACACCCUUGUGGUCAUCCGUGUGGAGGCGUUAAGAACGAAGAGCACUGUUUGCCGUGCUUGCAUGGUUGUGAUAAGAAUGCUACAAGUCUUAAACAAGAUGCUGAUGACAUGUGCAUGAUCUGCUUUACUGAAGCACUUUCAGCAGCACCAGCUAUCCAGCUGGACUGCAGCCACGUUUUCCAUUUGCAAUGCUGCCAACGGGUACUAGAAAACAGAUGGCUUGGGCCAAGGAUAACUUUUGGGUUUAUGUCCUGUCCUAUUUGCAAGAACAAAAUCAAUCAUACAGUAUUAAAGGAUUUGCUUGAUCCAAUCAAAGAACUCUAUGAAGAUGUAAGGAGAAAAGCACUAAUGAGAUUGGAGUAUGAAGGGUUGCACAAGAGUGAGGCCAUCACAACACCAGGUGUUAGAUUUUAUAAUGACCCAGCUGGCUAUGCUAUGAACAGAUACGCUUAUUAUGUUUGCUACAAGUGCAAAAAGGCAUAUUUUGGCGGCGAAGCUCGUUGUGAUGCUGAGGCUGGGCAAGGAGAUGACUAUGAUCCAAGAGAGCUUAUUUGUGGUGCAUGCUCUGAUGUUUCAAGGGCUCAGAUGUGUCCCAAACAUGGUACAGAUUUCUUAGAGUACAAAUGCCGCUACUGCUGUUCAGUUGCUGUUUUUUUCUGUUUUGGAACAACGCAUUUUUGUAAUGCUUGCCAUGAUGAUUUCCAAAGAAUGACAAGCAUCCCUAAAGAAGAGCUCCCUCACUGUCCUGCAGGUCCCAAAGGUAAACAACUUGAAGGAACAGAAUGUCCACUUCAUGUUGUCCAUCCACCCACUGGUGAAGAAUUUGCUCUGGGUUGUGGCGUUUGCAGAAAUGCUCACACUUUUUAGACUAGCAUUUUUUUUUAACCAGAGCAAAACAGGUGCCCUCAUCCCUUAAGUGUCCUGAAAAUAAAGUCCAGCUGGGAUGAGGACGGGACCAUUUCAUAACCCAGGUAAAAGGAACAAUUUACAGUGCAAGAAGGAUGCCAAAUACCAUGUACAUAAUUCUUGCUGUGAGAUAUUGACAUUUUUUGAACUGAGACAUCAAAACUUGUGAGGUGUUUGCAUGUGGCCAUUACAGUCAUCGGCUAGGAAACAUUGGACAUUUACAAAUAAAUAAUUGCUAUUAAAGGAUCUGUGUGUCUGUGGACUAUGAAUGAUGCUGGCUUUCAGGAGAAAGAAAAAAGAAUAUUGAUUAUUGUAUACUGACUUUUUGUAAUCUUGUACAAUUGUAACGCAUCACAAGUGGGGAUGGGAAAGAGGAAUAUUCUGGUUUAUUUCCUAGACUGUUAUAAAAAAAAAAUUGUGUUAGGAAGGCAUAAAUGUAACAAGUAUCACACUGUAUAUAAAGGUAUCAAUGUUUGUCCUGUAUAAGAAUUAUUAAAUUACAACAGCAGUUUCAUUUAAACUUCUGGGUUAUGUUUGAGCCUGAAAUUUUAAUGAAGUGCAAUACUGAGUGUGCCUCAUAUCUUGCAGCUGUAAACAUAAUGGAAUGUACAUGUCAAUAAAGCCACUGUACAUUUUUAUACAGUGAAAGUCUAA